AUGCCUACAAAUGAGGCAGCAGCAAUAUAUUGUCAAUUAUUACAUGCAUUAAUUGCAGCAAAUGUUCUAUUUUAUUUUGUAAAUAAUCCUGAAGUUCACAAAUUAUUCAAAGUGUUGCAACCUUCAAACAUCCUUCCAUCAAGAAAAUGGAUUAGUAUAAAUCAAGUUCAUAAAGAAGUAGAACUUGAAAUAAAACAUCUGCUACUCAGAAAUAAAGCUAAGUACUUAACAUUAACUGAGGACAGAUGGACAAAUGUAUCUCAACAUAGUAGUUUUGAAGUUUUACAUCUUGAAAUAAUUUCUUAA